GUUCUAAAUAUCUAAUUAUUUAAGAAUUACAGGAUAUACAUUAAUUUGAUUAUGAACCGUUACAUGUUAAGAAUCUCUUCAAUACCAAUGCAUAUUGGAUUUCCAGAAUGAUCAUAUGAUUUGGUUGGACAAGAACAAGAAUUAUCUGUUCCUAUAUCCCAAAAGGAGAAGACUGGACAUGAUGUACAUUUGUCUAUUGUAUUACUGCAAUUAGAUGAGCAUUCUAGUAAUUUACUCAUUUUUUUCUGUAACACAAUAGUUCACCAACUAGUUUUCCAUAUAUGUAUCUAAGCAUAAAAAUUUAUUAGCUCUGA